UCUCUCUCUCUCUCUCUAUAAAUAUGCUAUUGUAGUUCCACCUCUUGCUAUUUUAAGGAUACACAUUGCAACGGAAGCUGCAACUAGUGCUAAAGAAAUGAAUAUUACCAAUAAUGCUAUUUUUGAAGUCAGGUCCUUAGGGUUUUCAUACCCAAUUCAACAAAAGAGAAGUUUUUUCGUGGCCCAGUUCAUGCUUAGGGCUUUAGCACUUUCUUUUCUUGUGGCUUCAAUCUCUGCCAUGGUUACUAGUAAACAAAAUGUCGUUGUCUAUGGAAUGAGCACUGAGGCUUUUAGCUACUCUUCUGCCUUCAAGUUCUCGCUUGGUGCAGAUUCAGUGGCGUGUGGCUUCUCCGGGCUAUCACUGGCUUUGUUUGCCUUUGUGAGCCGAUCUGUAUCUCAUCAUCCUCUGAAUUACUUUAACCUGUUCUUGCAUGAUUUGGUGAUGAUGGUGCUAUUGACUUCUGGAUGUGCAGCUGCAACAGCAAUAGCUCAUGUAGGUAGAUAUGGAGAAGAAAAGCAAGCAUGGAAUGCAGUCUGUGACUGUGUGGGAAAGUUUUGCAACAAAAUCUUGGUUUCUGUUGUCUUAUCAUAUUUGGGUUUCUUUUCCUAUAUUGCACUUACAUUUGUUUCUGCUUACCAACUCAUGUCUCCAUUUGCCAACCACAAAUAGUAAUUUAUAGUUUCAUGAUACAGAUAAAGUGUUGAUGAGGUGGUAAGUGACCUCAAUUCCCUGUAAAAAUGAGAAAAACCUUUAUGCUCUAGAGUUUGAGGGAAGGGGAUUACACCUUCUGAUUAUAUAAAAAAAAAAUAUUAUAGUUUUAUGAUGUUUUGCAGUUAUUAAUACAAAGUUAUAGUA